GGCCGAAUUUAAUGUGUUUGGUUGGCCCUUUAAGAGCCCUGCACCUGCGCCCUUAAACCCAUCUCUAGCUCUUCACCUCCCCUUCCUCAUCUCACUCCCUUCACAAUUCCGGAGGGGACGUUGUCGAGCUCCAGAUCCACUGUCCUCUUGCUCCUCAGACGUUCUUAGUUAAAUCAUAAACCAUGGCUUCCCACGUAGUCGGAUACCCCCGGAUGGGCCCCAAGAGGGAGCUCAAAUUCGCCUUGGAGUCUAUGUGGGACGGCAAAACUCAGGCUGCCGAUCUAGAGCAGGUUGCGAAGGACCUGCGCGCGUCGAUCUGGAAGCAGAUGGCUGAGGCUGGAGUGUCAAUGAUUCCCAGCAACACAUUCUCUUACUAUGACCAGGUUUUGGACACCACCGCCAUGGUUGGCGCUGUGCCUGCUCGCUACGAGUGGACUGGUGGGGAGAUUGGCCAUGAUGUCUACUUCUCGAUGGCCCGUGGAAACAAGACGAAGCCCGCCAUGGAGAUGACCAAGUGGUUCGACACCAACUAUCACUACAUCGUUCCAGAGUUGAGCAGUGAGACAAAGUUCAUGUACUCUUCACGCAAGGCCGUGAGCGAGUACAAGGAAGCCAAGGCCCUUGGAGUCGACACUGUGCCAGUGCUGGUUGGACCAGUGACCUAUUUGCUUUUGUCUAAGGGUGACAAGUCUGCACCCAAGGGAUUCGACACUCUUUCUCUUCUGGACGCCAUCCUCCCUGUUUACAAGGAAGUAAUCACGGAACUGAAGGAAGCUGGUGCCUCAUGGAUUCAGCUGGACGAGCCCAAGCUUGUCAUGGACCUAGAAGCUGCUCAGUACGAGGCUUUUAAGAAAGCCUACGCCGUGCUUGGAGAGCUGUCUGGGGUGAAACUGUUGUUGGAGACUUACUUCACAGACUUGCCCGCAGAGGCCUACAAGACCCUGUGCGGCUUGCCUAUUUCCGGGUUCGGAGUGGACCUUGUCCGUGGAUCGAAGACUUUGAGCAUUAUCCACGAGCAGGGCCUCCCUGCAGGGAAGACAUUGUUCGCUGGUGUCGUAGACGGGCGCAACAUCUGGGCCAACGACCUUGCUGCCUCCGUUGCCGUGGUGGAGGAGCUGCAGGCGAAGCUCGGAAAGGAGAAUGUCGUCGUGUCGACUUCUUGCUCUCUGCUUCAUUCUGCUGUGGACCUUAAGAAUGAGACUAAGCUGGACAGCGAAUUGAAGUCUUGGAUGGCAUUCGCAGCCCAGAAGUUGCUCGAGGUCGUUGCUAUUGCCAAGGCCGUCUCCGGUGAAAAGGAUGAGGAAUUCUUCUCUGCUAAUGCCGCUGCGCAGGCGUCAAGGAGGAACUCGCCUCGUGUGCACAACAAGGCCGUGAAGGAAUUGGCUGCUUCCUUGGCAGGGUCAGAGCAUCGUCGUGCCACACCAGUGUCGAGCCGUUUGGAUCAGCAGCAGAAGCAUUUGAACUUGCCGAUCCUGCCCACAACAACCAUCGGAUCGUUCCCCCAGACUCCAGAACUCCGCAGAGUCAGGCGCGAGGUGAAGAGCAAGAAGAUCUCGGAGGAGGACUACGACAAGGCCAUCAAGGCUGAGAUUGACAGUGUUGUAAAGCUGCAGGAGGAGCUGGACAUCGACGUGCUGGUGCACGGCGAGCCGGAGAGGAAUGACAUGGUUGAGUACUUCGGCGAGCAGCUGGACGGAUUCUGUUUCUCCGCGAACGGGUGGGUUCAGUCGUACGGAUCUCGAUGCGUGAAGCCCCCGAUUAUUUUCGGCGAUGUGAGCCGCCCCAAGGCUAUGACGGUUUACUGGUCUACCUACGCGCAGAGCGUGACCAAGAGACCAAUGAAGGGUAUGUUGACGGGACCAGUAACUAUUCUUAACUGGUCAUUCGUGAGGAACGACCAGCCCAGAUCCGAGACGUGCUACCAGAUCUCACUGGCCAUUAAGGAUGAAGUGGAGGAUUUAGAGAAGGCCAACAUCACGGUGAUCCAGAUCGACGAGGCUGCCCUCCGGGAAGGUCUGCCACUGCGUAAGUCCGAGCACGCAGACUAUUUAAGGUGGGCGGUUCACGGUUUCAGAAUUACUACAUGCGGUGUUAAGGACACCACCCAGAUUCACACUCACAUGUGUUACUCGAACUUCAACGAUAUCAUUCACAGCAUCAUCGACAUGGACGCGGACGUGAUCACGAUUGAGAACUCGCGAUCAGAUGAGAAGUUGUUGAGCGUGUUCCGUGAGGGUGUGCACUACGGAGCAGGAAUUGGUCCUGGGGUCUAUGACAUUCACUCCCCCCGUAUCCCACCUACGGAAGAGAUGGCUGACCGUGCCCGCAAGAUGUUGGCGGUGUUGGAGUCGAAGGUCCUGUGGAUCAACCCCGAUUGUGGUUUGAAGACAAGGAAGUAUGGCGAGGUGGUGCCAGCCUUGACCAACAUGGUGAAUGCCGCCAAGCAACUGCGUGCUGAGUUGGCCAAGUAGAUAUUCUGAAAGAGCCAUCUUCAUACCAUAGUCUCUUACAAUUUGUCAUUUGAUAACAAAUUUCACACCUUACCACUUCGAGGAUUAUAGAAGGUGGGGAUAACAUAUAUAUACGUCCUGAUGAGAUGGGGUAUGUCACCCAUCUAUUUUGUAUUGCUCUGCUGAUUCAUAUCCUGGAACAUUGAUUAAUUUUUGAAAUACUUCUUGUCCAUGCCUCACUAGGCCAGUUUAGAUCUAAGAA